AUGACAACCUCAGAGGUUAACAGUCUCAACAUUCUCGACCUCCCCGUGGAUAUCCUCAGUAUUAUUCUUAAGCCGCUCGUCACUUCUUCUACGCCCAUCCAUCUAUGUCCCUGUACUCUAUCGCCCAUCGACCCGCUACCAAUUCUUCUCUCGCAUCCGGCACUACACACCAUCGCCACUCCGCUGCUGUACGCAGGCAACGAGUUUUUACUGGAUGCAACAGGAUCUCAUGCGCAACACAUCCGCAGGGAGUUGCAGAGCGCCCCGCUCGGAGCCGACGAGAGACUUCCCGGCCGAGCCACACUGCUCACUACACCAGAUGCACUGCAGAGAAUCGCAAGGGUAGAACUGCGAAUUGACCGCUUGAGGGGAUGGCUCGGGACAGAUAUUGCGCCGCUGCUUACAAAACUGGCGGUGCAAGGCAGGAUGGAUUAUCUCACAGUCUGGGUGCGCACGCCCGCCGAGUCGAAAACUCCGCUGCAUUUCCGCCCUGUCAAGCCAGGAAAGGACAAGGACAUGGGCAUGUUUGCUCGGCCGCCGCUGGAGGGCUUACUGCGGGUGCUGGCAGAUCCAUACCUGCUGUCAGCGCGGCUGUGGGUGGACGCGCAUCAUGCGAAGACGUGGUGCCGGUUCCACGCCGGAAUCUGCGGAGCGGAGAGUGGGGUUCCGGGGCGGGAGCCGGAGCGGGAGAGGCGGAUGGAGAUUGAUUGGCGGGAGAUAAUCCGGGUGGUUGAUCCGGAGAGGAAAGAGAUUGCUGUAAUCGGGACAGAGAAGAAGUGGUGA